ACACACACACACACACACACACACACACACACACACACACACACACACACACAGAGAUAUACUGCUGUGUUUGGAGAGGAUUGUAAGUACAGACAAUCUGUCUGACAGCAGGGGCUCUCCUGUUUGGGAAUCACUGAAAACACCAACUGCUCCUAUUGAACCGUGUCGGGGCAAACUAUUAUUAACGUUGUUGCAGCGGUGGUGGAAAAUCAAUGAUCGGAACCACAUUAUCACGAGCUAAAAGCACGUUAACGUUUCACUUUGUUUUUGUCUUGACGCCAUCUACUUUACACCUUUGUUAACACUUGAACAUGCAGUACAAUAUGUAAGGCUAUAUUUGGUUGUUCAGUUGGAAUUCUGGCUGUAUGUAGAUGUUGUAACAUGUGGACCUGUGAAUGAUGCAGAUGAGAGCGAGCCACAACAGUAAAGUUAUAGGCUGUAAAACCAAAACAAUAAGUAGGAAAUGCAAAAAGGGGCCUCUUUCAACUUGUUGUUUGAUCCAUGUUGAAUUUGAACAUAUUGAUAAUGCCAGAAGUCAUAUAUUUAAAAAGAAGGACAUAGUUCAUAUGCCUGAAAGCAAGAACAAUGUGUCCUUAAGAUGAACUGAAAUCUUGUGUUGCUCAAGGUUUUGUUUCUACAAGAUAAGACUCAGGUUGUACAAAACCUUUUUAAAAGCAACAAAUCAAAAAAUGAUUUUACAGGAUUUGUCUCUGUUCGUCCCUCCAGCGUUCACAUCUCUCCUGCAGGUGUUCCGGGACACUGCAUUGUGCUUUUAAGCGCAAGGGCAGUUCACGCCGUCUAUUUUUCCGAACACAUCCUUGCACAAUUCACAUGUAUACAACCCUGCAUUUCACAGCUUUGAUGAGCGACAGGAAAAGAGUAGGUGGACCCUUUGGAGACCUCUGGUUAGACAGGGAGUCAGGGAUGAGUAGUUCCUGUGCUGACGGCAGCGAGGGAAUACUAAUGAGUAUUCUUUGUGGAUAAAUCAAGGGAAAUCAUCACUGCUGCAAAAGUGUGAGUUGGUUCAGUUUGCAAAGCAGAGGUUAUAUGAUGUGUGGACUACUUUAGGAGAUCUGCUCACUCCUCUGUAACCUAAUGAACCCCUCCUCCUCUCUGUCACUCAUCCAAUAAACACACCACUGCCCAACAACUGCAUCACAUGAAGUCCAAAACACACCAAGAAGGGUUACAGAUAUGAUAAAGACGUCUGAGCACCAGAUGUUCCCACUUUUGCUGGCCUUUCAAGACGAAAGGAUUGUUUAUUUUUGAUGUUUUAGGUACAUAAAUAUGAUUGGCAAUGCUUAAUAAUGCAUGGUAUAAAGAAUGUGUUGAUCUAUACAAAUCUCCACAUGUGUAAAGCAGAUGUGUGACAGACUAUUGUAAAAAUACAAAAAAUGACAUUAAAUGCAGUAAAAUGUGCAUUUUCAAAAUAACCAUAGCUUACUUUGGACCUUAAUUUACUUACACAAUAAGUGUGCAGUAUUUUAUUUGAUUCAUAUUUAAAUUUAAAAUGGAUGUGUGGUAGUUUAAUUACCACAUGUUACACAAUUCAGGUACAUGAUACGGUGCUAGGGGGAGUUUAGCCAACAGACCCCUUUAAUGAAAUGUCAGUGCACGUCCCUGCAGAAGUGAAAACACAUCCAACAACAUGCACAAUUGCACUAGAACACGCACCAUAUUUGGAGUUUAAUGCACAUUUUAUUAGUUAAGCAACAGGAGUUUAGGGGAAAUAAAUCAGACCAAUCUUACCUUUAUGGAUUCAUACCUGUAGAUGCAGAAACAACCCAUUUAGAUAAGAUAUUAAAGCAGCAGUGAUCGCUCCGUCACACACAUACUGUAGCAGAUCUUGGAAAGAGACGCAUGUUCAGCGUGAAGUCAGCAGCUUAGGGACCGGAAAUACACUCAUUUAGAGUUUCAAAAUAAUGGCAUAAGAUUUACAUACCAAAACAAUUUAUGGAAUCUCCUACUCAAAAUAAAAGACUUAAUACUGAGAUAUUGAUGAAAUGAUGUGUGCAAUGCCUUGUUUUAACAUGUUGCUGUGACGAAGACAUGUCCUAAAUCGGGAUCAAUAUAGUAAAUGUCAUGUUAUUGUUAUAAGCGGAAAUGGCGUAUAGCUUUACAAAUCUCAAUCUGUUAUCUUUACAUUAUAAAAAACACUAUCAUACUAUUUCCUUUACAGCCAUGGGAGGAGAAACGAAGCAGGAGGAGGAGGAGGAGUGGGAUUCAUGCUAAAGAGGAUUAACCUGAGCCAUCUGUAGCUCGGGUUAAUAAGCCGAGUUACAUGACAGACCCGAGUGUUCCCUAUCAAACCCCGGCACAAACUUUAAACAUCGGAAUUAACCGAAUCUGCUGAACUAAUUACGAUCAUAACUGACUAUUUAUUGUAGCUCAUCAGUUCAACAUACUUUUAUUUUUCCCAUUUUUGUAAUAUGAUAAAAUAAAUUAAUAAGCGUCUUGUCCAAACAUUCCAUUCCACCAGCUCCCAUGCGUCGUACGUGAUUGUGACGCAAUCGCGUAAACAGUUACGCACGCCCGAACCACGCGUCCUUCUCCCAUGGCAACCAAAUGCACCUGACCUGUGUCACUUAUCAAUGAUGGAGUCUCUCACAGAGAGUGAAAUAUCGCAGAUAGCGAGACACCAGAGAGAUGCUGGUGUGCAGAGGCUGAGUCGUCACUUCUCAUGGCUCGAGCUCUCUGAUGAGCGGCGCCUCUUCCAUCAGGAGUUUGUGUUUGACGUCGCCAUGUUUGCUGCGAGCUGUGGUUUCUCCUGGACUGACGUGAUCCGGGCAGCUGUGAUCGCAAAAGGCAUCUUUCCUCGACUGGAGGGUCUCGACGUUCCCAACCUCUUAUCCCUGCUGAGAGAUGAGUUGUCCGAGUAUUUGCCGAACCUCACCCCUCUCCACCAACUCGACUUCACCCAGUUCCUCACACACACCCUCACCGCCCGGCGGAGGCUCUUCCAGGCGGCUAUGAGUGGAGCCUCCAACAUGUCCAUCGCUCAGCUACACCUGGAGGUGCAGGUGCCGCCCACACCCUGUCCUCUGGCUCAGGGUACAGAUCUUCAUGUUUGGGAGCAUCAGCGGCAUCGAGAGGCGCUGACUUCAAUGUUACGUCAGAAGGAGGAGAAGCUGAGGAGUCUCCGAAAGGGGUCAAGGGUCACUCUGGGGGAGGUGGAUAUUCCUCAGGAUGUGCAACUGGACAAUGAGGGCGUUCAGGCGUUGGUUCGUGCAGCAGUGAAGGCCACAGAGGGCCAGAUGCUGGAGAGUCUGAACCGAGAGGCUUCUCUGCUCGUUGAUAUCCUGAAGUUCAAACUGCAGCAGGCGGCAGCAGACAAACAAAGACUACAUCCACACUCAGCUGCAAAGGCAAACGCAGGACUGAAGGAUUCUGGGAAUGCACUGUGAGGACUGGACCUCAGUGAGUAAAGAUCGUUGGAAGAAAGAAAACACUGCAAAUUGUUUAAUUUCUAGGAUUUCCCACGCUUUGUUUGUCCUUUCUAAUUUGACUGUAUAGGAGAACAUGUAAUUAUCAUUGUGGGCUAUUUUAGUGGACAUUUUAAAGCAUU